CCAAGUAAUGAAUAAUGUUGUUAUUUUGUCCACAAUGCAGUAAUAUCUUAAUGGUAGAACAGGGCACAACUGGUCAUCGUUUCUCGUGCAACACAUGUCCCUAUAUAUUUAAUAUCAAGAAGAAGUCAUCGACAAAGACCUAUCCCCGUUUAAAGGAAGUAGACCAUGUUAUGGGAGGCGCUGCUGCAUGGGAGAACGUAGAUUCCACUGACGCAGAGUGUCCAUCGUGUUCACACAAGAAAGCUUACUUUAUGCAAAUGCAAACUCGUUCUGCUGAUGAGCCUAUGACAACAUUUUAUAAAUGCGCCAAUCAAUUGUGUGGCCACAACUGGAGAGAUUAG